AUGACUGAGGACUUGAACCACAGAUUCAGUUAUCUCACCUGGGAUCAGAUUAAAAUCCUGGAUCAGGUUUUAACUAAGGUUAUACCUAUUCAUGGGAGAGGAAAUUUUCCAACCCUGGAAGUAAAGCCAAAGGAUAUAAUCCAUAUGGUAAAGGAGCAGCUGAUUGAGAAGCAGAUCCAUGUCAGGGAUAUCCGCCUGAACGGUUCCACUGCCAGUCACAUCCUGGUAAAGCACAAUGGCACCAGUUACAAGGACCUGGACAUCAUUUUUGGAGUGGAACUUCCCAGUGAGCUCAAGUUCCAGGUCGUUAAGGAAGUAGUUCUCAAUUGCCUAUUGGACUUCUAGCCAAAAUGUGUUAACAAGCAAAAAAUCACGGCUCAGACCAUGAAAGAUGCCUACGUGCAGAAGAUGGUCAAAGUCUCCACCGACCACGACCGCUGGAGCCUCAUCUCACUGUCCAACAACAGCGGCAAGAACGUGGAGCUGAAGUUCGUCAGCUCGCUCCGGCGGCAGUUUGAGUUCAGCGUGGACUCCUUCCAGAUCAUCCUGGACUCCAUCCUGGCCAUCUACAGAGCUUCAGACCAGCCCUUGACACAGGACUGUUACCCCACCAUCAUCGCCGAGAGCAUGUAUGGGGACUUCAACCAAGCCAUGGACCACCUGAAAUACAAACUGAUCUCCACCCGGAAUCCGGAGGAGAUCAGAGGAGGUGGUCUCCUGAAGUACAGCAACCUCCUGGUCCAUGACUUUAAGCAGGCGGAUGAGGCUGAAAUUAAAUCCCUUGAACCUUACAUGUGCUCCAGGUUCUUCAUUGAUUUUCCUGACGUUGCCGAGCAGCAGAGGAAAAUCGAGUCCUACCUGCGCAACCACUUCAUCGGGGAAGAGAAGAGCAAGUACGACUACUUGAUGACCAUGCGUAGGGUAGUGAACAAGAGCACAGUCUUCCUCAUGGGGCACAAGCGAAGGCAAACCCUCAAUAUGAUCACAAUUCUGGCUUUAAAAGUGCUCGGAGAACAAAACAUCAUCCUGAAUGUAGCCAAUGUCACGUGCUACUAUCAGCCUCCUCCCUAUAUCAGUGACAGAAGCUUCAGUAACUACUACAUUGCUCAUGGACAACCCCCUGUGUUCUACCAGCUGUACCCUUUCCACAUACAGCUACAGAGUGGGGUGGUGUAG